AUGGCUACAGACACCCAAUUUGAGGGAUGGCUUGGAAAAGACGAGGAGAGCGUCAAGGGAAAGAUGGAAUGGGGCCAAUUCGAUCCCAAGAAGUGGACUGAGGACGAUGUCGACAUUGAAAUCUCCCACUGCGGUAUCUGCGGUUCAGACUUGCACACGCUAAGCUCUGGCUGGUCACCUUGCCCAUACCCUUGCGUUGUCGGUCAUGAGAUCAUUGGCAAAGCCGUCAAGGUUGGUAAGAAUGUCAAGCACAUCAAGGAGGGCGACCGUGUCGGUGUUGGAGCUCAAGCACGCUCCUGCUUGAAGCCAGAUUGCCCUGAAUGCUCAAAUGGCAUUGAGAACCACUGCUCACGCGAAGGCAUCAGUACCUAUGGUUCUAUUUACCCCGGUGACGAGGGCAAGUCUUACGGAGGAUACGCAACGCACAACCGUACCAAUGGACACUUUGUGUUCAAAAUUCCUGAAGGCCUGGAUAGUGCCGAUGCCGCUCCCAUGCUGUGCGGAGGAAUUACCGUCUACUCUCCAUUGCGAAGAUUCGGCUGUGGCCCUGGAAAAACCGUAGGAAUCGUCGGAGUCGGAGGUCUUGGCCACUUCGGCGUUAUCUUCGCAAAAGCCAUGGGCGCGGACAAAGUCGUAGGAAUCAGCCGCAAAGCUGAGAAGCGCGACGACGUACUCAAGCUGGGUGCCGACAGCUACAUCGCAACCGACGAAGACAAAGACUGGGCCAAGCACAACGCCGGCACAUUGGACCUCAUCAUUUCCACCGUCUCGAGCGCAAAGAUGCCGCUGGAUGGAUACGUCGGACUCCUUAGGACUCACGGUACCCUCGUCCAGGUCGGUGCCCCUGAUAAGGGCGAGUUGCCUCCUAUCAACGCUUUUACGCUUCUUAUGAAGGGAGUUAGUAUCGCCGGUAGUGCUGUUGGUGCACCGUGGGAGAUUAAGGAGAUGUUGGAGUUGGCGGCUGAGAAGAAGAUUAAGCCGUGGGUGCAGAAGAGGCCUAUGAGCGACGCUAACAAUGCGAUUAUUGAUAUGGAGGCUGGAAAGGCGAGGUAUAGAUAUGUUCUUGAGAACUAG